AUGGUGAAGGCGCGGCGGCAGCAGCAGAAGCGGUGUUGGGGAGUACCACUGCUGCUGGUGGUCUACGUGGGCUAUGUGGGUCUGGGCGCCGGCGUGCUGCAGGCGCUGGAGCGGCCGGCCGAGGCGCGGGCGGCUCAGCACAUCCUCCGGCAGCGCUGGGAGCUGCUCGCCAACCACACCUGCCUGCGGGGGCCCGCUCUGCAGCGGCUCAUCGAGGGUAUCGUCCAAGCCUACAAGAGCGGCAUAAUCCUUCGGGGAAACACCACUAGCCUGGGCAGGUGGGACUUCAGUGGAUCUUUCUUCUUCUCCAUCUCUGCAAUAACAACCAUUGGCUAUGGGAACCUGAGUCCCAGCACUGUGGCUGGUCGAAUCUUCUGCAUCUUGUUUGCACUCUUUGGGAUCCCCUUGAAUCUUGUGCUCCUGAACGAAAUUGGGCAGCUGAUGUUGUUGGGGGUUCAGCAUUGUGCCCAUCGCCUAGAAGAAGUAUUUCACUGGCAGAAAAAAGCUUCCCUGCUGAUUAAGACCUGUGCUCUGGUGACUGGCUCAUUAUUGUUCCUCCUGCUACCUCCCUUGUUGCUCUCUGACAAAGAAGGCUGGUCCUAUGAAGAAGGCUUCUACUAUUCCUUCAUUACCCUCAGCACUAUAGGGUUUGGAGAUUAUGUGAUUGGGAUGAACCCAGACCGUACCUACCCAAGCUGGUACAAGAAUGUAAUCUCUCUGUGGAUCCUCUUUGGGAUGGCCUGGCUAGCACUGGUUAUCAAACUUUGCAUCAACUUUCUAGAGAGCUCCAGUGACUUCUGUCAGUGCAACAAGAGCAUGGCAGAAGAGUUAGUGGAUGGCAACAGAAACAGUACAACAGGACUUCAUGAUAUGGAGAUCUGCAAUGACAAAGACACAAAAAUGAAAGGACCUGAUGAACCUCACACCUACACAGCUCCUGCAGAAGCACCCUAGGGAAGAAUCAUCCCUUAGUAUCUCUUAGGUUUUAGUGCACCAGAGAUGCACCACUCAGAUAUUUGGGAACAGAACUCUAUUCUGAAUAGAGUGAUGACAUCAAAAUGUUUCAUUUGCAGCACUGCCAAGAAUUACCAAUGGGACUUUUAGCCAAAAAUAGAUUUACAGAGAUAUUGCCCAACCUCCCACCUCAAUAUAUGAAGCAAACUUUGACAUCCAUAUGCAACACUAGCUGUUGUCCUCUUCUUUACAUGCAAAGUUCUUGUAGUCCCUAAUUAUAAGUAUGGCAUUUUGAAAACACAAGCCACAACUAGAAAAGAAAGUGCCACUUAAUGCAGGAAACAAAUUACAUGUUGCUGAAAGAGUUAAUGAAAAGUACUAUAUAAAACCACCUGGCAGUCACUACAAAUGCGCUUCAUCACCUAUAUAUAUGCUUGUGCUUGCCAAAGGUGGUAACAUGCUUUUGCUCUCUGAUCAUUAGUACAUGGAUGGCAAUGAGGCAGAGCUUAAUAGAAACAUCAUUCCAUUUUUUUAAUAAAUUUCUACAUCGGAGGUCCACUAAUAUUAAAAAGAGACUAGGUAGUUACACUGUUCCUUACUCCAGAACUUAUGUAGGCUCAUCCUUUAUGAAGUACUGUGUGGACCAAAUGUCAUCAGCUGAAUGGGACAGUUCAUUUAGAUAGAUUUUCAUUUUGCCACAUUUUAGAAACCAGAAAAGGAAGAACAGAGGCAGUUUAAAUGCCAGUGGUCAUUAUUCCAUGGCCAGUGCUAACAAGGGCAAUUUUAAUCUAGAAACAGACUGAAGUGUUUUUAACUGUGAUCAAGAAAUGCUAUUCUGAUGAACUUCUCAUGUCAAAAUGAAUAGUGUAUCUGUUCUAGCUAACAUCUUUUAUAUAAGCACAACUAUCUUUUUAUCUGCAGAGUGCCAUAUUCUGCAGAAUUUGGCCUUUAUGAAACAAAACUGGUUUGUGUUGCUUCGUGGCGUUGUUUCUUUUCCCAAUUCCACUAAAUUCUGCGAAAUCAUUUGAUACGUUAUGCCAUUUGUAAAGACCCAAGAGAGUCAAAUUCCUGCUGCCAUUUAUGUACUCAUAUCUAAUCUUCUAAUUUUCUUAUUCCUGUUGUGCUACUUGCAUCUUAGACCAUUAACUUCGAAAGCUUGACCAUAGCAGUAAACUGGAAGGAAGCAUUUGGGUAAGCCUUCAGCUUCUGCACUGGAUCAAGAUUUCAUAUGGAUGGUGGAGAAAAGACUGAAAACAUGGUCUUUUCAGGAGGCACUCAGGAAUUAUAAAUAUCCAUAGCUGGAUUCGCAGAAAUGCAGUGAGUGAAAAGUUUACAGUCUUCAGGAACGCAAGUUCUGAAACACAUAUAAUGAAAAAAGUAUUUCCAGAGUAGGCCAGUCUGAGUGUUGAUAUGUGGUGGUACUGAUUACAGAAGAAAAUGCAGUGAAGGAAUCUGCUGGAUGAAAUCUAGUCUGUCAUUUGUCAACCUUUUUGUCAUCACCCUUUUGCCAACUCCAUCGUAAUAAAUAUUCUCUCAAAUACUGUUUCAAUAUGCAUCAGAGGCAAGAAAGAAAGGCAGUGGAAAUCACAGGUCAUAGUUAGGAAAUUGAUGCAAAAUAAAUACAUUUAAAUUUUUUGAA